AUGGCGGCUGUGGGCAAGUUCGUGUUUGUCAACUAUACUGGCGAACCAGAGGCGGAAGCCAAGCAAUCCUUGCCAACCGUAAGACAGCAUGUCAUGCAUGACUUUUUUCGGCGGCAAAGGGAGGCAGAUAACGGCCCAUCUCCAGAAGAAGAUGCUGCGCCAGAAGUUUCAGCUGCAAAGACCAAAGAUCCCCGGCGGCGGAAUACCAACACUCGUCAGGCUGCGUCUCAGCCGCGCCCCAAGCGCUCAUCUGUAAAAAGAUCAUCACGAGCUCGCAAAGAUAACCCCCAACUACAUCGCCAGUCAUCAGCCUCAUCGACCGAGUUGGUAUUUCUUCAAGAGUUCCCUGAAGGAAGCCCUCCAUCAUUCAGCCGGACCUCAUCUCUUGAGGAUACUGUUGAUUCGUCCCCUCCUGGUUUCACCGACUCGAUUAGCUAUACCGACACAUCAUCGCCUUUGUUCUCAGUUACCCAGUCUGAUCCUUCACCAGGCGUGUUUGAAGAGGCCUCCCCGCAGUCCACUUCUCUUGUCCAGAUAAACUCACGAGCAUCGCCCGUAUUCUUCGAGCCAGACCAGUCUGCGCUACUCCAAGCACCAAACCCUUUUCUGCACAGUCCUGCUGUGCAUCGCUGGGAUCCAUUCAAUACGCUUCCCUUGAACGGACUUGCCGUUGAUCAACUAGCAACUUGGCACUUUCACCGUCCGAUCAACCGAAACAACAUCUGGGAGAGCAAAGUUCUCUGGCUUGACAAGGUCGACAGUCACUUCAGAAGGGGUCUUUGGAGCAUCGCACUUACUAGCACACCUCUGUUUCAUGUUCUUCUGUGUAUUGCGGAAAUGAAACGUAGCGUGCUCACGGGAGAUCGCAACCAGAUCAGUUACUUUGAGCACAAGAUCGCAGCCAUGCGUGCAGUUUCUCAGGGUGUUUCCAGGCUGUCUUCUCUUCCCCAGUUCACGGGGAUGCACGGCAUGUCUCUGCCAUCCGACGAUACCUCAGGCUUGCAAGAAACAUCGACAGACACAUUCGUUAUGUUGGUGGCUAUCCAAGUAAAUUUGGCCUUGGGAGACAAGGAGUACGACGCUGCAAAAACACAUAUGCGAUGCGUAACCGAUCUGGUAACCAAAGCCGGUGGACUCCAAUCCUUCGGCUACACACAAUGGCGCCAUACGAUUUGGAACGACCUUAAACUAGCAUCGGCGCUUCUGGAAAGACCGAUGCUCGAAUACGGCCUGCGUCUGGAAUCUAUGAACUGCACCUUCCCACCCGAAGUAAAUAGUGAGGCUCACCGUCUAUCAUUGGAGACCGUGCGCAUGAUCCCCACGUCAGAUACCUUAACGUCUGAGAUGGCAUAUGAUCUGUUCAACCGUCUUCAUCAGCUGUGUCUCUCUUUCGACACUACGCUGACCGAAGAAGCUCAUUUCCUGGCUGUCGAAAACUCCUUCUACACUGUUGUGUACCAACUGUGUAAUUCCAUUGCAGACAGCCAGUCACAUACCGAGUGCAGCGACACAGACAUGUUGGUUCUGGGUACCCAACUCAGCACAUGGAUGUGUAUGCCAUCGCUGGUCAACAUGCGCGCCCUCUUCAACACAGUCAUCAACACUAUCCAAUCGAAACUAGUCUACCGCAUCUGGAACGGUCUCAAACCAGACCUCAUCAUACAAUGGGAGUCUACCGCAAAGCUCGACUCGCUACUAUGGAUCAUGUUCCAAGCUUCAUCGGCAGCCAUCAGUGUUUGCUCAACGGGAGAAACAUGGAUGCCAUCAUACAUGUUGGAGUCCUUCCUAACGACCACCCGACAAGUAGCCAUGAGAUUGCAGAUCCACAGUCUGGCACACUUCGAGAAAACGUUAAGGAACUUCCCUUAUAGCGAGAAUGUGUUUGGUGACGAUUGCAGAAUGUUGUGGACGCAAAUGGGGCUCGAUGACACCGGUGCCAUCGAUGGGAUGGUCUCACCGAGCUCGAUGAUCAUCGAGCAGAUGUGA